CUAAUUGAAUUUGCAUGGGUAGGAAAUGUGUGAGAAAAAUGCAAGUAAUCGAGAAAAACAAACAAUUCCUCAUACACUCGGAUCGAAGACGAUUGCUAGGAAGAAACACGAGUUGGAAACUGCAAACAAGAGAGUUUUUACUAGAGCUGAAAUGUAUCCAAUUAGUCAUAAGAAGAAGGAUGGAUCUUUUGUUAAUGAUGAGCCUAGAGAGAAAAGUGAACAAUUAACUUUGCUUCAAGCUAAUGAGAGUUCUACUGAUGAUGCAUAUAUCAAGUUAUUUGGAAAAGAACACUCGGGUCGUGUUAGAGGUGUAGGAUUUGGUGUUUGUCCCUCCCAAGUCAUGAAAUCUUCUAAUAGUUUAGGAGGGGCAUCUUCUUCAUGCAAUCAUGACUUUGAUAUGGCUAAAGUUCGCUCUAUGGAAGUAGAAUUACAAGAGAAAUAA